GGGCGCUGCUCCAGGCACCGCCCCCUCCCGGUGCCCCGGCGGCGGGCGCGCCAUGGAGACUGGAUGCUGGCUGCUGGGCGGCGAGUUCGAGGACUCGGUGUUCGAACAGAGGCCGGAGCGGCGGCCUGGACCGCCGGCGUCCUACCGCGCCAAGCGCUGCGAGCCGCAGUGGUUUUUCGAAGAAACAGAGAGCGGUGAUGAUGUUGAAGCUCUAACACUGAAGAAAUUCAAGGGGGACCUCGCCUACAGACGGCAAGAGUAUCAGAAAGCACUUCAAGAGUAUUCUAGUAUCUCUGAAAAAUUGCCGUCUACGAAUUUUGCCAUGAAGAGGGAUGUCCAGGAAGGCCAGGCUCGGUGUCUGGUUCACCUGGGAAGGCACACAGAAGCCUUGGAGAUUGCUACAAACUUGGAAGAGAAAGCAACUAACACAGACCAUUUAACCGCUGUGCUCUACCUCCAGUUGGCUAUUUGUUCAAGUCUGCCAAACUUGGAGAAAACAAUUCUCUGCCUACAGAAACUAAUUUCUUUGCAUCCUUUUGAUCCUUGGAACUGGGGCAAAUUGGCAGAGGCUUACCUGAAUCUGGGGCCAGCUCUGUCAACAUCGUGUGCGUCAUCUCAGAAACAGAAAGAUUACACCUCCAGUGACAAAACUGCCAAAUCCUCCUUUCCACACUCAGGAAAAGACUGUCUUUUUUGUUUUCCUGAAACACUGCCUGAGAGCUCUGUGUUUUCUGUGGAAGCACGCAGCGGUAAUAACUGGAAGAAUGAGAAAGUUCUGAAAAGUAUUCCAGACUGUCCAGACUGUAUGGCAGAAAAGAGAGAAGCAAUGUUGCUGGAGACUCGGAUGAAAGCAUGUGCCUCCUUUAUACGAACCAGGCUCUUGCUUCAGCUCACCCAGGCUCAGCAAACGGCGUUUGCUUUGGAGAGGAACUUAAGGACUCAGCAGGAAACUGAAGAUAAAUUGAAAGGGUUCAGCUUCAAAGAAGACACUUUGCUGUUGAUAGCUGAGGUUAUGGGAGAAGAUAUCGUCCCAGAAAAAAUAAAAGAUGAGGUUCACACAGAGGUGAAGUGUGUUGGCCCGACAGCUCUGACUGCCCUGGUGAUUGCAUCUUCGAAAGAAUUUGAAGACAAGUGGUUCAGAAAGAUCAAAGACCACUUCUGUCCCUUUGAAAAUCAGUUCCAUACAGAGAUACAAAUCUUGGCUUAGUGGCCCUUUAAAAAACAAUAGAAAACAUCCUGUACUGUUUUAAUUGUCCUCGUUUAUUUCAGAAAGAAUCCACUGCUAAUCAUGGAAUAUAGUGAAUUUAAAAUGAUUAUUUAUAUAUUAUAAAAACAGCUUUUCUUA